GUGGAGGAGACAGAAGCAAUGGCUAUUAAAUUCAAAUUAUCCAGAAUUGGAAGAAAAAUACGAUAGUGAAAAGCCCAUGGCACAUGCGCAAGUAACUUUUUGAUCGUGUGCGUGUCAAUACAGAGAAAAUUAUGCCGAAAUAUUUACACACUAAAAGUGGCGGGAGGUUCUCCCUCCCCAUCGCGAAAUCGAAAGAAAAGCGGGAGAGUGUCUUUCGGAGUUGAAACUGUUGAGAGUUUCCAGUUCAGACGCUUCUCGACUGUUUAGCAUUCGAGACGUGUAAGUUCCGUGGUUUACAUUUCUCCAAAAUAAAUUAUCUGGGUGAUUCUGUUGCGGCAGAAAGCAGAAAGUGCAAAAAUUUGGCUCAAAAUUUUCAUCUAAAAUAUUUUUAUAGCAAGUUUCGUGUUUAGUGUUGGCAGAGAAAGGGGUAAAUUAUGGAAAAGGACCCAGAAUCCAUUGCAACAGUCCAAAUGAAGCCAGAAUAUGCGGCCAGUGAAGUUUAUAGCACCGCCUCAGAGGCUCCACCAGCAUACAAAAUGCGCCAGUCCAGCUCUGUUCAAAUUGCAAAAAUUAUUGCAAUGACGGUAAUUGCAUCGUCUUUCAUCAUCGGAUUCUUCGUGCUGGCCUCCGCUUACCUUCAAGCGAAGGCUUCGUGUGACCAAAUGCAGACACUGGACUCAGUACUUGAGAAGGAACUUAUGCUGGAAACACUCCAAGAUCUCCCUAAGGCCGAAGCUCUUCAGGCUCAAUCCUCAUCCUACAAGGAAAACAGCCUUCAAAACGACGAGAAGUAUUCUUCACCAAAUGGCAAAGAAGAUCCCGAUGCAGAGUCAAUCUCUUCAUCAUCCUCAUCAGACUCCGAUAGUGAAUCCGAGAGCAACGAAAAUGGAGACAUCAAUCGUCUCCAGAUAAGACUGCCUCUCGAAUUUGACCUCAAUGACCUCACAAAUGCCCUCCUGGAAGGCAACCAAAAAUCCCGCAUGAAUUGUGUGGUGGAACGUCGUCGUUCGGAAGAGUUUGUGGACUCACCGGCCAAGACAAUGCAGUUGCCAUUUGGACUCAACAUCUCCAGCGAUCCCAAGAAACAGAGAAUCACCGGCGAGAGAAUGGCCAUCUUUUGCGAAAGUGGAACAAGUCAAGUGAAUGAGGAACCUUCUGAACCUGUUCGUCAGGUUGUGAUGCCCAUCCACGCCAUCCCACUGAACUUUGACCAUCAAAUGCCCGUGAAUCAGCCACCACCACCCCCACCACAGAUGCCACAGAUGCAUCAGAUGCCUCCACAACCCAUGGUCCGCCAGAUGCCACCCCCACCGCCACCCUCCCCAGCUCAGAAUGCUCCUCUGCCCAUCCAGGUCAUGCAGGCUCCACGUCCCUACCAGCCUGAGGUUCGUAUUCAGCUCCAACGUGUCCAGAUCCCACGGGAACUCCUUGGAGAAGGUGGCCAGGAGCAGCAAGUGCAAAUCCAACGAGUACCUCUCGAUGUAGCCCUCCACCGUGCUGGCAUCACAGCUGAGGAUCUUCAGAACAUCCAGCGCAUGGCUGAGGAGAGAAUCCAGCAGGAACUUAAGGAGAUGUCUGGUGCUAAUGAGGAAGAUGAUGACAGCGACGAGAGCUCCGAGGAAGAUGACAACAAAAUGGUCCAGAUGCAGCAACUUCCAGUUCCUGCUCAAUUCCUACAAAUGGGUCGCAUCGGUUAUGGCCGAAGCCUCCUGCAGCCCGUCAAGAUUCCCGUGCCCAUGAUGCAGCAGGAAUCUCCUGAACAGCCACAGCAGUCACAGGAAGAGCAACGACCACACUUUGUGCAGCCCAGAUCUGUUCGCUCCGUGGACAGUGUCCUCCACCGUGAGAAACGUGUCAAACGCUGCGCCUGCGACUGCAACUGCUAGAGUCAUUAGCAACGAUCGCAAGUGGGAGUAAAAGUGAUCAACUACAAAUCCCUCAAAACAAAAAAAUCUUCUAUUUUUGUGCAAAAAAAAAACUCUCCGAAAAAAUACACCGAAAUUAUAUACAAAUUAAAGUGGAACACCGGCCCUGAGCAACAAACAAAAAAAAAAACAAGAUCUCCCCCAAAAACCUGCAAUUUUGUGAGACACAAUUCCUUGGCAAACGAAAUAGUUUUGUUUUAAUUAUUUUUCUCACUCUCACGUAUUUUUUUUUGUGGCAAGUGGUAGCAACAAUAAUUUGUAGUUGAAGAAAAACAAAAAAUAAUGUAUUUUUAAGUAUAUCUUCACAAUUACCGACACACAAUUAUGUAUAACUUCUUUUUUUUAUGAAUCAUUUGGCAUAAAAAAUUUCCGCAAUUACUUCACUUUUCGAUGGAGAAUGUGUGCCAAAAAGAAAACGAAAACAAAAUUUUAAAGACAAACAACAAAAAAAGGAAGAUGUUUCUCAUUGUGAAUAUUUUUUUUUGUGUUUUUCCCUAAUCAACUUUGAAAGUUAAAACAAAAAAAUGUGAUCAAACCUGUUAAUUUACAUGAAAUAUAAAAAUUUUAUUAAAAAAAACAAGAUCUCUCGAUGAUCGUUUGUGAAAAAAAAAACAUUGUAAUAUUUUUUUGGGCCCAAUAAAAAAUAUUAGAAGAAAAUAAAAAAA